AUGGGCUUUGCGCACUCACUCGAGGUGCUGUGCGCGCUUCUACGGCUUUAUACUACGAUUUCAAGCAGCACUAGAACAUCAUCAUCCUUUCUUUUAGGUGAAACCCAUCCUCAUCUGCAGCAGCGUCUACAGCAAACGCUUCGUGCUGUAGCUCUUACGAUCUUUGGCACUGUCUGUCUUUCUCUGUUGCUACUGUGUCUCCUACCAGUGCUUUCUCCGUUUAAAACUUCCUCAUUGACUGGAUUUUUACUGGUUCUUGGACUUCUAUGGACAGUGACUGUUAGUCAAUUAACGCUAAGAUACGCAUUACUGCCUACGUCGCGUCAUAUGAAGGCCGAGCCGGUUGUCAGGCCCCCCGGGAGGCUUCAAACUGCCGUCUGCGCCGUGCUAGACAUUGUAGCUCGUAUGCAUCAGCAGCCACAGCUUUUAGUGCUAUUUCUUCUUUGUGUAAUUCACUCGUACAUCUGGAAGCUUGUGCUGUACUAUGGGAUGGCGUCCAGCGCUCAAGUUGCUGAGAACUUUGGAUUGUUCGCUAUAGCUGGUGGUUUUGUGUCUUUUGUGUCAUUUGUGAUGGUUGAAAAAAGUCUGGGAGAAGAUCCAUUCGUCUUGGACCCGCAUGCGGCUUUUGUGAAAGCCAUGCAGAGAGAUGUGGUGCGUGCAGUACGUCGUGGAGUGUUGGUCAACGUCGUGGGACGUGUGCUGUGCUGGUUAUUCUCUAGCAGCGAAGAACUGGGUGCCGAUACAAGAGAAGCUGGGUUUCUUUCUUUGCAUGCGUCGAGAACAGGAUUCCAGCUUGCAAGCAGUGCGCUAGAGAACUUGGCCACUUUAAGUGCAGCUUCGGUGUUCCGUAUACUGCUCUUUCGUGCAACGUACCAGAUUGUGGAUAGCGGCUACGGCACUAACAAUCUAUGGGACUCGCUUGUAGUUGUAAAAGUAAAGGAUGGGGAUGUUGCAGGAGCGCUUUUUGCGACUGAAGUUAUUGUAGUUCCGCAAACUAGCACACCGCUUCAUGAGCAAUAUUUGCAGGGUUUGCAGAAGCGAAUGGAUGCGGCUUUGAAGAAAAUAUCGGAUAAGGAGACGGGCAAGGCCCCUGCAGAUGCCGAGGACGUGGAAAUUUUGGACAGUUUGUUCAAGUUCGAAAACUUGCUUGUUGGAUGCAAGUUCAACACCGACGCACGAGAUUUGCUUUUUGCUUCUCGAGAUAGGUGGAAUGCACUGUUUAACUCGACAACUGCGGUCAUCGAUGGGUUUACACUGAUGUUGCGUUUGUUAGAUACGCUGCAGGACAGAAAGAGCUCUAUGGUAGACAGCUCUCCUACCGGCGCGUUGGCACUUGAGCAGUCUUUUGCUACGUUGCUACGCUUUGUAAACUCACAGCAAAACGCUCACCCGCUAAUUCUGCUUCAUCAGCACCCACACUUGGCAAACCUUUGCAUUUCGUCUGACAGUGUGAAGUCAGCUAUUCGAUAUUUUGUCGAGUCAAAGCUGCAGUUUGCGGCUCGUCGCUUUCUGAUUGAAGAGGCCCGUCGGCGUGUAUUUCAGCGUGUGAAGGUUGUUCGCGCGGCGAAUUCUCUGCUAUGUCACCUUGUCAGUGUAUCGCGUGCUGAGGACAAGCGCGGACAUGUCCAGCACACUAUCCCGGCUGUGCUUUCGUCACUCUUAGAGUGUCGCAAUGCGUUGGAAGCAUACAUGGAGACUUGUCUAAAGGAGAGCAAGACAACUGAUGUCUACGUGCAAGAAGCUAGGACCCUCGCAAAAGGAAUCGACAAUGGUAUUUAUCGCAUCACAGAGGUAUUUCAAGCCGAGUUGUCCUUAUUUGCGUUUCCUUCGAACGUCGAAACGGCACUGACGGCGUACCGCGAGCUUUGA